UCUUUUCCCCAUCAGCUGGAAAUGUUUUCCAUGCUGGUUUUGGUGUUCUCCUUUCACCCCUCAGCUGGAAAUGUUUCCCGUGCUGGUUUUGCUGUUCUCUUUUCCCCAUCAGCUGCAGCAGCUCGCUGGGCCUCCCUGGAAUCAAUCUCAAUCAGGGUCGUGCCCCUCCUUCCAGAUCCUGCCCAGUGCUGCUUCCAGCUUGGGAAUGCCAGCAGGGGAAGGAUGUGGAGCUGCUGAGGAGAUCCAGGGGACCAGAGGGGUGGAACAGCUCUGCUGGGAAGAAAGGCUGGGAGAGCUGGGGUUGUUCACCUGGAGAGGACAGGGUUUGGGGUGACCUCAGUGUGACUUUCCAGUGCAGGGAGACAGAUGGAGAGGGACUUUCCAAGGGCCUGGAGUGACAGGACAAGGGGGAAUGGCUUCAGAGUGUCAGAGAGUGGCUCUAGGCUGGAUCUUGGGGUGAAAUUCCUCUCUGUGAGGGUGGGCAGGUCCUGGCACAGGGUGCCCAGAGAAGCUGUGGCUGCCCCUGGAUCUCUGAGAGUGUCCAAGGCCAGGCUGGACAGGGCUUGGAGCAGCCUGAGAUAGUGGAAGGUGUUGGCAUGAGGGAUGGGAGUGAAAUGAUUUUGAAGGUCCCUUCCAAGCCAAACCAUUCUGGGAUUCUCUGUCCUUCCUCACUGGGGCCACAGCCCUGCAGCCGAGCACUCAAACACAACAACAAAGGCUCUUUGUUGCCACCUCUCAAACCCAAGUGCCUCGUUUGCACUCUGAGCUGUCAUUUAGAAAACCCAGAGUUAUUUUGAGCCCUGAAUUGUCCCUGGUGCUGUCAGCAGGGCCGCGCUCAGAAACGUGCACCGUGCAGGUCACCCUGUCCUGGCAUUCCCUUGAAACCUGUCACUGCCUCACACAUCCUGCUGCUCCUUGCUCCCAGGCAACUGGAGGGACUCCGGGAAGCCACAGGAGUGACAGAUGAUUACAGGGCACGUGGAAUCCCGUGGGAGGGGAGCUGGGAAGGGUGGCUGCCCACCCCACAGCAUUGUUGGCAUCUCGCAGCGUUCAAAAGUAGAGCUUGAGGAAGAAAAUGUUGGGGAUUCAAAGGUGUCGGGUGUAAAUGGCAGUAGUUUUUCUUCUCAGUUCCGGAUUGCUCUCACACCUGAGCUGCAAACAGCAUUUUUUGCCUCUAAGAAGUCCAAGAAGGGAGCAUGGACCAGCCCAGUGGAAGGAGUUUCAUGCAAGUUCUGUGUGAGAAAUACAGCCCUGAGAACUUCCCCUACCGCCGUGGGCCUGGCAUGGGGGUGCACGUCCCAGCAACUCCGCAGGGCUCGCCCAUGAAAGACCGCCUGAACCUGCCCAGCGUGCUGGUGCUCAACAGCUGUGGCAUCACCUGUGCCGGGGACGAGAACGAGAUCGCCGCCUUCUGCGCCCACGUCUUUGAGCUCGACCUCUCUGACAACAAACUGGAAGACUGGCACGAGGUCAGUAAAAUUGUGUCCAACGUCCCCCACUUGGAGUUUCUAAACCUGAGUUCCAACCCUCUCAGUUUGUCCGUUCUAGAGCGAAGUUGCGCUGGGUCUUUCGCCGGCGUCCGCAAACUUGUGCUCAACAACAGCAAAGCUUCCUGGGAAACAGUGCACACCAUCCUGCAGGAAUUACCCGACUUGGAGGAACUCUUCCUGUGCCUUAACGACUACGAAACAGUGUCUUGUUCUCCAGUUUGCUGUCAGUCUCUCAAGCUACUCCACAUAACUGACAAUAACCUUCAAGACUGGACUGAAAUUCGAAAGUUGGGAAUUAUGUUUCCAUCACUGGACACACUUAUCCUGGCUAACAACAACCUCACCACCAUCGAAGAGUCAGAAGAUUCCCUGGCAAGGCUCUUCCCCAACCUGAGAUCCAUCAACUUGCACAAGUCAGGUCUGCAUUGCUGGGAAGACAUUGACAAGUUAAAUUCUUUCCCGAAGCUCGAGGAAGUGAAAUUGCUGGGAAUUCCUCUGCUGCAGUCUUACACCACCGAGGAACGCAGGAAGCUGCUAAUAGCCAGGUUGCCAUCCAUCACCAAGCUCAACGGCAGCAUCGUGGCCGACGGCGAGCGGGAGGACUCGGAGCGCUUCUUCAUCCGCUACUACAUGGAGUUCCCCGAGGAGGAGGUGCCCUUCAGGUACCACGAGCUGGUCACCAAGUACGGGAAGCUGGAGCCCUUGGCAGUGGUGGAUCUGCGGCCUCAGAGCAGCGCCAAGGUGGAGGUUCACUUCCAGGACAAGGUGGAGGAGAUGUCCAUCCGCCUCGACCAGACUGUGGCAGAGUUGAAGAAGCACUUAAAAACUGUGGUGCAGCUGUCAACAAGCAACAUGCUUCUCUUCUACUUGGACCAGGAAGCUCCUUUUGGUCCUGAGGAGAUGAAAUACAGCUCGAGGGCGCUGCAUUCCUACGGCAUCCGGGAUGGGGAUAAAAUUUACGUGGAGCCCAGAAUGAAAUAGCGUUUUUGCCCACACCCACACGCCCCCACACACCCGCACACAUGCAUUGAGGAGUUUUUUGCAAGGUUUUUAUUUCAGUUGGUUGGUUGAGGUUUGGUUGUGUUUCUGUAGCAGGUAAUUUCUUAGCCCGGAGGAAGUGUCCUGAUCUGAGAACCAUGCCCACCAUCCACUGCAGGUGACCUUGAGGUGACAAUUGACUUCAGGACGUGUGUUUCAGUGUGGGCAAUACCUUGAUGUUUCCUUUGAUGCUCCGGUAUACUCGUGAUUUGGCAUGAAUGGUCAGUUGUUCAAGCUAAACAAUGCCAGGGUCCAUAAGGGAGGAGACAGCUCGGUGCAGAAUUUGACCUGUUGUUUUCUUUUCCUAAAUUUUUUGGUGUUUUGCUCCACCAGAUCUCCCUUUGGCCUAGCUAUCCAACUGUGGCUCGAGCUUGCUGUAGUAUUUUCUUGCAGCUUGGUGCUGUCUCAACCUUUUGUUGUGCUCGAGUUCACAGGAAUGAUCUCCAUCAGUAUUCUGCUUGAUUCAGAGCUCAGGUACUUUAGUGCAUCCACUUCACUCCACUGGUUUGCUUUCUGUGAGUGCACAACACGGGGGAAAGAAAAAGAACUUCCCUGAAAGAAACUUUCUUUUCAAAGUGCACGCUCUAUAUCCACCUGAUUUUGGGGGGAAAAAAGGAGGUUUUGGCUGCUGUACCCAUCUCACACGGUGCCUGCAGCCUGUGGGGAUAAAGGGUGUGUUGGAAAGCGAAUUUUGGGAGGUGGUGGAUGAGCGCUGCACUGGAAGGGCUUUUAGAACAACAGGUCAACAAGGGGUUGAAGAGCAGCUUCCCCUGUUGUCCAUCGUGAUGCUGAAGAGAUCCUCCGUGCACUUCACCUUGUACCAGUGGGUGCUGCAAGUGGAAUGCCUAAAAUUCCUCUCCUGGGAGAGAGGAAGAGUCAAGUUGAAGUUUGUGUUUGUUGCUGUUGCACCAGUUCAAACCUAGCACUUUGCCCGGGGCCCCUGGCCGGGGGUCCCUGCGUAGGGUCCGAACUCGGAGGAUGUGUUGGCUCGGGUCAGCCUCUGGAGGUGGAGGAACAAAGCAGCUGGACUCGCGUUGGGCGUUCAGCAGGUUUCACUCCAGCAAAGCAGCUGGACUCAUGUUGGGCGUUCAGCAGGUUUCACUCCAGCAAAGCAGCUGGACUCGCGUUGGGCGUUCAGCAGGAUUCACUCUCUCU